AUGCCGUCUUCAACGUGCCAUCUACCCAACGGACACACGUUCUCAGUGACGCCAGUCUUUGGAGGAGUAACCUUUAAAGAAACAGAUGUCUACCUUCAUAACACAGCACUUCCUCCAGGAUGGACUGUUGUAAUUCAUACCGAGAAGUUGAUUGAGGAGGGCCAUGAAGAUGACAAGCAUCAGCCGCACGACAGCCAUGGCACCACUGUAGACGCAGCAACUGCAGUAGAGCCAAAAGUCCGCAUUUCUACCUUCAGGAAACCAACACUACAAAACGAUUGCAUAUUCAUUUCAUCUAUAAACAGCCCCAGUGACUUCAAAACUCCUGUGUCACCUUCCCGCCAGAUUGCUAUGAUGCUUUGGGCUACGCUUUGGUGGUACUUUCAUGAACCAGAGCCAGAUCUACAUCUCAUAACCGAAGCUUCAGCAAACACAGCUGAGUCAGGCAGGCCCAAAGGCGAGUGGCGGGUGAAUAUCAAAAGAGAAGGCAUCUUCAAGGGCAGGAAUCUACUACAGAAGCUAGAGCGUAUGGGCCUAAUUUCGAAUGAAGAUUCGUCAGUGGGCACAGAGUCACUUGAGGUUCGAAAUCCGAUCAAUGGCCCGAGGAUGUUUACGAGUCGUCGAAGCUUUUGGCAGUUAGAUCCUCGGAUUUUCGUCUAUACACAGACACCGACGAAUGUUGUGCCGGUGAAUGCUGGUUCGCUGUCUCCCCUCACUUCGCCAUUCGGAUCUCGGCCUGCUUCUCCAAGCCUGGAGAGUCUUCGGAUCGCCGAAGGCGGUGCGUCGCCCACUGAUUCUCCGCCUCCGUCUCAAGUCCUCAAUUCUCUCGCUGGACUUUUUGAUUCAAGUAGCCAUUUACCAACGUAUUAUCCACCGGCCCCAACUCAAUAUAUCUUUACAAAUGGUGUCCGUCACCCUCUCCGGCAACGGGCUCCGCAUCAGGGAGAGACAUUUUAUGUGCGCUAUGUCCCAAGCGUAGGACAAUAUCUUUCAUUCCGUGUACCGGUACUCAAUAUAGCAAAAACGAGCGGUCCGCAUCAUGCUCAUACACCGUCUACAUCAUCUCUAGUCGUGCCUCCCAUUCCUAGUCCAUCGGGACUAUCCGACCUCGACCUGUUACACAAAUGGAUGAACGUUCCACGCGUCAAUGCAGCAUGGGGUGAAGCAGGGUCAAAAUCCAAAAUCGAAGGGUUCUUGAAACAGGGCUUGAAUAGUCGACAUAGUUUUCCGGUCUUUGGGUGCUGGAAUGGCAGGCCAUUUGGGUAUUUUGAGAUAUAUUGGGUCAAAGAAGACCGCUUCGGACGGCUUUUGAAUAAUGUCGGCAACUAUGAUCGAGGAUUGCAUGUGUUGGUUGGUGAAGAUGAGUUCCGUGGCUCUCAUCGCGUACAUCUCUGGCUCAGUUCACUGGUACAUUAUUGUUGGCUGGCUGAUCCACGAACGGAGACUGUUUUGCUGGAGCCUCGAGUUGAUAAUCAAAAGCUUAUAUCUUAUCUCAUGCAGCUGGGCUUCUACAAAGAGGGAGAAGUCGCCUUUCCUCACAAGCAAUCUGCAGUGAUGAAGAUCAAUCGUGAUAGCUGGAAUCAACCAGCAUUAUGA